AUGGAUGAUCCAAACCAGGACUCUUCGAAAUACACUUGCAACAGUGCCAGCUGUUUGGGAAAUUACAGUACCAUUUAUGUGGGCUUGACUGUCGGUGCCGUGCUUGAUUCAGCAAUUUUGCGGGGGAAACUCACCGAGUUGGUUGGAUUAUGGCCAAUACUUGGCGGUGAUUUGAUCAAAGAUACAAAACCAUGGUCCUUUACUUGUGGUUCUACUGUCGAUUACGCCAGUAGGGAUAUUGACCAGUCACUGGCUACCUAUCUUCCAAUUCGUCACGAGCAAAAUAGUCAUAAGCCAAAAAUCUUGGAAAGCCCGGAAAUAUCCGCAGUUGAUGAGAAAUUCAUAUUCGACGUCCCUCCCAAUCUCACAAACAGUUUCCGUCUUCGUGUUACUCUCCUACAAGAUGCUACCUUGCUCUGCUUUGGAAUCACGCACUAUAUCUCUGACGGCAAUGAUUGCUGGGUAGUGGUUAAAGCAUUCUGUGACCUACUAUCUAAUAAGCCAAUUCCUUUGUUUGCUCUUCCACCUGACGCCGGAAAUAUUCGCAUGUCUGACCUGAUGAAAGUCAAAAAUGAGUGCACUGAAACCGAAUCCAAUUUCCACUACCAGACGCAUGCGCAGAAUUUCGAAAGUGGGAUAUUUAAGCUGGCAGUGACUGUGUGGCGUAUGCUGCUGACGCUCCUUGCUGUGAAGUUUGGAUUCCUUGAGGAGCUUACGACCAAGUUUAUCUACAUUCCAGGCACAUGGGUCGACGAAUUACGAAGCAAAUCACAGGGGGAGUCGAAAGACUGUUCCCCCAACAUUCAACUCACACGAAACGAUGUUAUCGCUGCAUGGUAUCUGAAAUCCGUCUAUUCCCAUCAACCUACAGCUACGUUUGAUCCAGUGGACUAUAUUGGGAUUAUCAAUUUCCGUCGCUUUCUUCAGCCCCCAAAGGCCGGAACAUACUACAUUCGCUGUAGUGUUGGUGCCCUCCGGUGUAAAUUCUCUGUACAACAGCUGAAAGAACAGUCAGUUGCUGAAAUUGCUCGGAAUAUACGCCUCACAACACAGCAAUAUACAUCUACCGGAUCUGUCCACCAGAGUCUUCGGUUCUCGGAAGAUCAUACAUCCAAGACCCUCAAACUAGCUGUGCGUGGCACUGGAAAACUAAGGUUUGCUGUGGUAUCCCACUGGACAACAUUCGAUUAUACGGGUCUGGAUUUCUCUGGCGUCAGUCGGAAUGGUCGAAAAGCGUCAGUCAUAUUUGUCAAUCCUAUGAUUGUAGACGCAUGGAACCUCAAGAUGAUAGCACCUGUUGCUGUUGUCACGAAGAAUGGGUCUGGAGGCUACUGGAUUCGCGCUGCGAAUACAUCCACUGGCUGGGCUCGGUUCAGCGAAUCUAACAAUGUGGAAAGUCCAUUCCUGAUGCAUUAUAUUGCAACCUCGUUCAACAGCCCAGCCGGGCUAGCUCAAUCGGUAGAGCGUAAGACUCUUAAUCUUAAGGCUGCGGGUUCGACCCCCGCGUUCGGCUAUUCCUAA